AUGAUUGUGCGGGUUUGUUUGGUUAAUUUUGGUCAAAUAUACGCGAUACGCACCGAUAAAGAUAUCGCACUUGUGUCAGAGCGGAAAAUGUUGUGGGAGUUACGCCCCUUGACACGAACCCGCCAUAUUGAAACUAUAGACGCUGAUCAGCAGGAGACAGAAACAUCGAAUAAACAACACGUAAAUAUGGUGUUAUGUGCGGCCCCAAACUGCAAUGUUCAAUGUGGAAAGGGGAUAGCAAUGUUCAAUUUCCCUACAGACACAAAGAAUUGUGAAGUUUGGGUAAGAAAAUUAAAAACAGUGGAUUAUUGGCCGUCGAAACACUCCAAGCUGUGCGAACGUCAUUUUACAGAGGACUGUUUCGUAACUGAGCCGUCUAAGGCACGGUCUUUGGGCUACUCAAGACUACAACUAAAGAAAGAGGCAAUUCCAACUGUCUUUAAUUACACACCGUUACAUGUACCUAAAGGCCAAAAACGGAAAACAGAUUCAGACCCUCUCCUUCCAAAACAAAAAAGCAGAACCUCCAGAGCUGUGGAGAAAAGAGGAACCACGAAGGUAUGUUUCAAUAUAGAUUAUAUUAAACAUAUUGGCUAUUUUAUUGACAUUAAUCCAGUAAUACUCGGUUCAUUUUAUUUGGUUUUUACACACAACCUCACCACCACGUAA